AUUCCAUACUGUAAUUAAUACUAUAUUGACAAAUCUCUCUAAAUUAUUAAUAAGGUGAACAGGCUAAAUAACACCUUGCAUAGAAACCCCUAAUUAAAUAAAUAAAGUUAAAUUAUGUUGCAUUACUGCCUCUCAACAAGAUAUUAUAUAGUCAAAAAGAAGUCAUAAGUUAAUUGCUUAAUCUGUUACUCACAAAGGAGAGCAGUAGCUCUAUAACAAGCGAUUUAACCUAUCCUACCCUUUGAUGCACUAUUUAUCAUCAUCAUCCUAGUAUUUAUUUUAGUAAUUUCUAUAUAUUCCCUGUUUUCGAAAAAUAAUAAGUUUGAUGUUUUCUAAUAUUGA